AUGCUUUCAAACCUCCUUGGGCAAAUGUGCAAUCCUCUGGAUGAGCUUUGGUGUAGAGAAACAAGGGACGUUGACGAUAGUAGUGCUGAUGCUGGGGAGGUUGGACUGAUGUCCGUUCUGGCCCUCACCGACGUGGUUGGAGUCUAUAAUCUUGCUGAUUUCAUGAUUCGACCUGACGGUUCGCAGCAAGAGCCGGACAACAUGUUGCCUCAAGAAAAAAUCAUGGUGACUAUGAUUGCCUUUCCAUUUCUAACAAUAGUCAUUGCAUUUGCCUUUGCGCCGCGCAAGAAUGCCGCAUUGAUUGCGGCUGCGACUCAUGGGCUCUACACUCUUCACCAACUGGUUCAUUGCGAUACUUGGCGAGCCCUGUUCCAUUCAGAUACUCAACUCACUAUGGAAUUUUUCAUUUACACCAAGGAAAUGUGGUUAAUGGUAUCAAUGAUAAUCUGGUACUUGGAGUCUAAAGCAGAGGCACAAAAUGCAAGGCAAAAAACAUCACAAAAAACAUCAUAG